AUAUAUCACAAUACGUGAAAGAGGUUCUUACUUGUAUAGACAGAGAAGUUUGUAAUAAGUUGUUGAUCUGAAACAAUAGCGUACUGAGUUAGUAACAACAAUGACAGAAAAUCAGAGGAUACAUCCAGUUGUGGACAUGGAAGCACCACCAGCAGCCCGUCCUGCAGUGCCACGAGGCUCAUUUAAAUCAGAAAAAGGCGAUACAUCGCAGCUUCAGCAGCCAAUAAUUAACCAGCCAUUUACACGUACUGUUCCUGUAAUGUAUCCAAGACCACAUAAUAAGAAGAGAAGUUGCUUUUGCAAAUGCAUUUGCUGGACAAUUAGCCUUAUCAUACUCCUACUCAUCAUAAUUGCAACAAUUGGUGGCAUUCUUUACCUUGUUUUCAAACCAAAGAUACCUCAGUACUCUGUAGAUAACCUCAGAAUAUCAGACUUGAGGCUCAAUUUUGACAUGAGCCUAUACGCUAGAUUUAAUGUAAGAAUCACUGCUGUGAAUCCCAACAAGAAAAUUGGAAUAUACUAUGAGAAAGGAAGUCGUUUGAGCGUGUGGUACAAGAAUACACAGCUAUGUGAAGGGUCUAUUCCAAAGUUCUAUCAAGGUCAUCAGAAUAGAACAGUACUCGACGUGGCCUUAACUGGGCAAUCACAAUAUGGUAAUACGUUGAUGUCUGCAAUUCAAGAGGCAGCACAAACUGGAAGAAUACCAUUAGAUCUUAAGAUUAAAGUCCCAGUUAGUGUUAAACUUGGGAAGCUCAAGUUGAGAAAGGUGAAGAUAUUAGGAGAUUGCUUGCUAAUUGUGGAUAGCCUCUCUGCUAAUAGUUUGGUCCGUAUUAAGGCGAGUACUUGUAAGUUUGGGUUGAAGCUCUAAAAAUUUCUGCAUUGUAUUCUACAUAUUUGUUCUUUACAUAGAUUUUUAGUUCUGUUAUUUUGUAUUUUAUUAUUUUUGGGAUCUCUACACAUGUCUGUGAGACGAUUUUGUACAUGGACAUUAGGAGAAUUCUAUCACAUUCAUCUGCAUACUAUCAUUUAUGUUUGUUUCUCUA